GUUGCGUAACGUGUACAUAUUUCUCGAACCAUACGCAUUCAAAUCUCUUCCUAAUUCCUUUCGGAUCCGCAGCUGUAAAGUAGCUGUAAGCUGAAUACUGCGCCGCGCGCAACAGCAGGACAGCAGGUAGUUGCGGCGCGAGGAGGUGCAAGUGCAGUUGCUGGCUGGUGAGGCUGAUAUGCGGGGUGCAAUGUAGUGCAACUGAUCGAGCGUGCGGAAAUUGGCGGAAAUCAACGGAGAUCGUGCGUGUUCCACUAUCUUCUUCCCUGGAUGGAUCUUAAUGGAUCUUCGUCCUUAUUGGGACGAAGUGUCACGGUUCGCUGAUUGUUCGAACUCGUUCGUCUGCGCGAUAAUUUCCAACGUGUAACGCCAUUGGUCGGCUAAAGCUAAGAAUCAGUGCGGUUGCAGUGACUGGUGAUAACCUCGGUGGUCGCGUUGACUUCUCACGCUUCAGUAUCGAGGUCGACGACGACGGCGACAUCGGCGACGCGAACAGGACGGGAGCCCGCGACAUGUAACCGGACUCGGAGUACGCUUGUGCUAUUCUUCUUGAUGCACCGCGCGUGGCUGAGCGACUAUUCUACGUCAAACCUGUGUGAUGAUCUCCGUGACGGUGACGGUCAGCGAGUCGCAGUCGAAGCCGAGACUCCGAGGCGUCGGUAAGAUCUUCCCGAUUUGUUGACGAAGGCGAGGAGAAAAUGACGGAAAGUUUGAUAAACGAGUGGCUGGCGGACUGUAAGGAUGUCGCGCCGUCGGAGCUGCACAUGUUCGCUAGAACGCUCUCGGAGGACAAUGAGAUCGUGCGGGCGCUCUAUAUGCUACUGGAGGAGCGUACCAAGUACAGCGAGUUAAUGGACGAAGUGUGUAACCAGUUAUACAACUUUUAUCGAUCUCGAGAAAUAGAGUUACAAAGGUUCACCCUACAAUUUCUACCGACGUUAAUAUAUAUUUAUUUAAAUUCUGCUGCACAUGGUGAUAUUAAGAGUUGUCGCUCCCUUGAAACUCUGUUAAUUGGAUUAUAUAAUCUAGAAGUGGUUGAUAAAUCAGGACAACAAAAAGCAAUCUCAUUUAGAUUACCAUCCCUUGCUAUGCUUUAUAUAUAAGAGAAGCCUGCGAGUCUAGCACCAGCUUCACUAACAGAAAGCGCCGUACGUCGUUUUGAAGAAUGUAAUUCGAAACUUGUGAGCUGGGGUCCAUUGCAGCAAGUAGAAACAUUAAAUGCACAAAAUAGAUUGAAAGUUAUGACAGCCUUACUUUUUAUUUAUAACCAACAACUUGGAUAUAUAAAUAAAUUUGCUCUAGAACAAUUGUGCAAAGUUGCAACAAAACUUGUUACUCAAGGAUUUAUGAAACCAGGACAUCAUCAACGUUCCUCAUAUGGCAGUGAGUCUAGCUUUGUUCCAAGGCUUUUACCACGUAUACCAGUAUCCAGCCAAUUCCUCUUGGAAUUCUUGCAUGCUGUAUAUUUUGCCAUGUAUAACGAAUGUUGGUAUGUAGGAACUCAAGCUAUAGAAGAUGUUCAUAACAGAGCAUGUUAUGAAGCAUAUCCAAAUGUAAUGUUAGUUACCAAUGCUAUACGCAAUUCCGCCAGUUCUGGAGCACCAGGUCAACCGAGCGAUGGACCAAUUGGAAUUAGUGUUGCAUUGUCCCCAGCAACUACUACACCAACCAUUUCGAAGUCUAUGAUCACAAAUGCUUCCUUUCGUACUAAGAAAUUACCAGAUGACAUACCAAUACAAGUUAUAAAAGAUGACACUACCGGAGAGGGUAAAGGUAACCUGGUGUCAAUCAUGGAGGAAUCAGAAUCAACUGAGCCGAACCGUAUUGGUUCCAUGAGACAAUCAAAGGAACAAAAGACUGCUUCGAAGAUUACGAAUUUCCCCGUGCUCGGAAAAAAACCUAAAGAGAAAGAAGGGAAGGUAACGAAAAAUGCUCACAUCGCAUCCGAGAAGAAGCUCAGCUCUCAGGCGACAUCGAAGGAGAGUAUUAAAGGGAGUUUAUCAAUGUUAAAUAGUGAACAGCAAGCAGAAAUUGACGCAAAUGUCAAUGGAUGUGCGAUUCGAAAGAAAAAUAAUGUUGAAAAUAAUGCGAUCAUAAUAGAUCCAAAUGUAGCGUUGAUCGACGGCGAGAGACUGGCGUUAAGUAGAGAGACUGACGUUACCGAUGGUAGUAAUAUGGAAAAUUCUAUUAAUUUAAGAGCACACAAUGAAACAGAGUCCAUUGGUUCUUCUAUUCAAAUCAGCUCUGUUUAAUGACGAUAAAAAGUCUAUAAAAAAUGUUACAUAAAAAUAAUAGUAAUGGGUUGAAGUUAUUAAGCAAAUAAGCCAUUUUCUUCCAUCUAACAAAAUCUUAUUAAAUCCAUGUAUAAUGUAUACACGUUGCCUUUUCCUAGAAUUAUUUAAGAUCACAAGCACUAUUUUCUCAACAAUGUAUAUUGCCACUACAUUGUGCGAUACUUAUAAGGAUCGUAUAUUUUUUUGACAUGUAGUAAUUUUAGUCAGUUCAUUACUCUAUUGAUCUCCAUAAUAAACAUAAAAAUGAGAGAGGGAACAAUAUGAACUAAAGGUAUACGGUUGUUUCGUUAAGUGUUUUAUGCAUAUUGGUAUAUAUUGACUAAUUUUUGUAAUGAAAUCUAUAAUUUAUUCCAUAUAUUUUAUAAAUAUACGUCGUCAUACAUUGUAAUACCUUUUUAUCCAGAUACAGUUAUCGAACUUUACUUCUAGAGAUUAUAGAUCAUUACAAUUCGGGAAAAUAAGUAUUAUCAUAAUGCAAUACAUAUGGAUAUAUAUUUGGAUAUAUAUAUAUUUGUGUUUAACCCAGAUGUGUGCCUUCAUGUAGUUAUAGCAUGCCUUUCUUUAUGAUUCCAAGUAUAUAAGUAAUAAAUUUGUAUCGGAAGAUACAUUAUAAUUGUCAUAAAUGCAGCAUAAAACGAAGAAUAGAGGUGAGUGAGAUGAAACGAGGAAAUGGAGUAUCUAAAACAAAGCUGCGGUGUCACUUAACACUUUGACGGCUGCACUUUUCAGAAAAAAAUUUGCUCUUGCCGCCAGCAUAUAAUGACAAAAAUUACUGGCUGUCGUCGGCACUUUUUGUAAGCUUUAUUACAAAUUGAAAGCAUUGAUUCUUCAUCACUGUUGUCUGAUACCUAAUUGCUAACAUUCGAUAGGUUAUCAGCGUACACCUCGUCAAUUUCACA